ACAAAACAGCAUAAAAUAGUCAAAAUAUGCUAUCUUAGAAUUAUGAAACAUUUUGUUGAUCCUACGUCACAAGAGAAAAUCAUUCAUAUUAAUACAGAUGACAGCAAGGCAUCUAGAGUCAUGAAAACAUUUUAAGUAAAAUUGCACCGUACAUUAGAUAGAAAGACAGGGAGUGGAUAAUGGCGAUGGAGGGCAAGGCUGUUGGAAGACUGGCAAUGGUGUCAAUGCACUUGAUGCCUCCUCAGCGUAGUGGGGUGCAGCAGGUGCCUGCAUAUUCCUCUUCCUCAUCCUCUUCAUUAAAGGUGAAUAAGAGGGAAAGUAAGUAUGAGAAAGUGCACGGAGACGUGUCCUCAGAAAGUGUUUCCUGGAGGCUCUGCACCCCUUGCGACAACGGUCCUCCUUUCACUGACAUUAUCUAUGAAAAAGCCAAUGGAGAAGGCAUUGCCAAGAUUACUAUAAAUAGACCAGCAAGACGGAAUGCUUUUCGGCCACAAACUUUAAAAGAAAUGACGCAAGCUCUUAAUGAUGCCCGAGAUGAUAUCAAGAUUGGAGUUAUAAUUUUGACAGGCAAAGGUAAUGAUGCAUUUUGUAGUGGUGGGGAUCAAUCACUGCGAGGACCUGAUGGCUAUGCUGAUAAAGAUAGCUUUGGGCGGCUGAAUGUUUUAGAUGUACAGGUACAGAUACGACGGCUUCCAAAACCAGUUAUUGCAAUGGUAGCAGGAUAUGCGGUUGGUGGUGGGCAUGUUUUGCACAUGGUUUGCGAUUUAACAAUUGCAGCAAAUAAUGCUGUUUUUGGUCAAACUGGUCCAAAGGUAGGAAGCUUUGAUGCUGGUUAUGGAUGUACUGCAAUGUCUCGUUUGGUUGGGCCUAAAAGAGCUCGAGAGAUGUGGUUUCUCUGCCGAUUUUAUAGUGCGGAGGAAGCAAUGGAAAUGGGCCUAGUCAACAUUGUUGUUCCACUGGAAAACUUAGAACAGGAAACAAUAAAGUGGUGUAGAGAAAUAUUGAGAAAUAGCCCUACAGCCAUUCGGAUAUGCAAGGCGGCUCUCAAUGCUGUUGAUGAUGGCCACGCUGGAAUCCAUGAGCUGGGUGGAGAUGCAACCUUAUUAUACUAUGGUUCUGAGGAGGCAAAUGAAGGAAAAAAUGCAUUUCUGCAACGAAGACGACCAGACUUUUCAAAGUUUCCAAGGCUUCCUUAGCUUUCUAGUAGAAAGACAUUUGUCCUGAUAAUCUAUUUUGAUCAGUUGGGCAGUAGCAUCUAGAGGUUUCAUUGUUUUCUGAGCAUAGAAUAUGAAAUAAACAAUCUAUGCAAUUGUUUUUAGAGGUGUAUGUAUAUAUUUAAAGAAUAAGGUAGGGAUAAUUCAAAAUAAUGCAUGCAGGAAAGUAUGCUCCAUUGACAUCUCUAUUACAACAGUCAAUACAAAGUACUUGGAUUUGAUGCA